AAAGAGCAGUACAUGAACUUUUUCCCUCCGCGAAACCGAUUACGACAGCGACAGCGGACGUUUUCGUAAAUAUUUACACCGAUUCGUCGCACCCGAAAGUGGUCAAAGUGCGCGUCAAAGUGGCCCGGAACUGGUGCCGCAUCGGGAGUGAGUACUAUCGGCUGCAACGGAGCACUGUUGGGACGAUAAAAGUGAAUUUUUUAACCGACGGUCGUCCACCAGCCAGCCAGCGCUCGAGCCAGAGCCGUCUGGUAACGCAGCGACGCCAUUUUAGAAUUUUUAUUUUGCCUGGCUGCCUUGGAUGAAGGAUUUCGCAGUGUCGUGCAGUGAAAAUUUUGUUUGGUGUCUUCUCGAAUGGAUGCAAUUGUUUCGUGCGUAAUUAUGGUGCACCAAUUUGGUGGAUAGAAGAGAAAAAGUGUUAUUUUAGGCUAGAUUUGUGGAAAUGGUUCGUGCAGCGGGAAUACAGAAUGCACUUCGAGCGGCGGCUGCAACGGCCGGACGGGGAUAGAGUGAACACCAGUGACAAGGUGAAAUGAUAAUUUAGGACGAUUUGCACGGUGGACAACCCCAAUCAGACGAGGCAAAAGGAUUUUUCUGUUGGCAAAACAAGCGGAAACGUGCCUCAUUUGUCGAGCGAAAACAAAGCAUAGAAACAAUAAACUGAACAGUACGGAUUAAUACCCAGCAGCAGUAGUAGAAGUAGCAGCAGCGGUCAAGCAGGCCUCCGGUGCGUCAACCAGAAACCAUGACGACGAUGAAAACGCCACCGGUGGAAUCGGAGCCGCCUGCCAAGUCACCGCUGUCCUCUUCGUCCUCCUCGUCGUCCUCGUCGGACUCUGACGACGGGUCGGAUUCGUCGUCCGACUCCGACUCCUCGUCGGUGGCUUCGACCAGCAAGACGAGCAGCAAGCAGAGCACCGACAAACAGCAACAGCAGCAACAGCAACAACAGCAGCAGCUACAACAACAGCAGCAGCAUCCACUGCAGCAGCAAUUUAGUGUCAUGAGCUCCGACACAGCCAGCCUCCGGAUGAAGAUUGCGAUCCCGCGCAAUCAAUCGGGCACAACGCCAGCCCCAUCACCCUCCGGAAAUGCGAACAAUGGAGCGACUCGUCCCGGGUCUUCGGCAAGUGAUGCCCAAAAGCAAGCUCUUGCAGUGGGUACAAGUACAACAGCAGCUGCCACCGCAAGUCCAGCUCGGACUGCUACACCGGCAGGAGGUAGCGAAAGAGCCGCUUCUGCCAGCGAUUCGAAGGGUCGAACCUCCACGCGGAAGAGCAGCAAGAGUGACUCCAGCUCGGAAAGUUCCUCCUGCUUCUCGAACUUUAGUGACAGCGAUAGUGAUAGUAGUAGUUCCGAAAAUCACGAUGAAUCGACGAAGAAAGAUGGUUCUACCGGAAGUGGAACGAAGAAGCAAAAGUUUGUCAAAAGGAAGAAGGCCAGCCGCAGUGUAACAACUAGUAGCAGUAGUGACGGUAGUGAUGAUUCUAGUGGCUCAGAUUCCAGUAGCGAUGGAAAUCAGGAUGAAAGCACAGAACUAGGCACGGCAACUGGAUCGAUGCCUGUACUCGCAUCGACUGCCGAAUCGAACCCUGUGCAGACGGCUGCUGGUACGAUGCCAGAUGCCGACGCCGGUUCCUCCUCCGAUAACGAGCUUCCUGCGUUGGUGAAUGCAGCAAUAAUGCGAGUUGCCGAAAGCGGUUCCGACGGCGAAAGCUGUCGCGGAACGCCAUCGGCUAUUCCACAAUACACUUCGAGCCUUUUACGGGAUUUUGUGGCGAAAACUAGCAUGCUCGGAAGCGGAGGAGGAUCCUCCGAGUCGUCUACUCCGGUCGCACAAACUGCCGAAGAACAGAAAAUAAAGACUGAAUCACCCGUGCCAAGUGGUAGUGGUGGUACUACAAAUACGGUGGCCUCCAGCAGCAGUGCUCUUAGCGUGAACGGUGUGUCCUCUAAGCCAGAAUCGGCGACAAUCGUUCCAAUCAAACGACGAGGGCGUCCGCCGAAGUCUGUCGUCAAUCCGGUAGCUUUGGCAACAGCGAAAGCCCCUCCACCGGCUGUUAGUGAAUCUCCGGACUCAGGAAUACUGUCAACGCACAGUUCUACCGGUUCGCCGAAAACGGAAAAGAAGGUCGCGACUGCAGGCAGUCAAAAACGACGUGUUGAACCCGAACCAAGCGGUAGCGGUACGAGCAGUAAGAACGCAGCAGUUGCACCUCUCAGUAAGUACACUAUCGCUAGCCUGGAUAGAAAUACCUACGCGACGGAACGGGUUCUGUAUCCACCCAGAGGGAAGAAAAAAGUCGGACGUCCAGCUAAAGAGAAGCAGCUACCGGCAAUACCCACAGCAUCGACAGCAGAAGAUAAUCUGGAUCCGUUGUGGAAGAAAAUUGAUAUUAGCAAAAAGUUUCACGAGCCCCGAUUGAGCGGAUAUAAAAGCGAUGGUGGUCACUCUACCAUCUGCUGUAGCAAGCGGCUGGCGUCUCAAAGUGGUUACAUCAGUGAUUACGGUGGUAGCCAUAGGAGGAGUCGCCUGUCCGGGUACAAGUCGGAUUGCAGCACCAAGUCGAGAAAAAGUUGUGGCUACAAGAGCGACUACAGCGUGAAAGCUAAAAGUUGUGGAUAUCGAAGCGAUUGCAGUACCCGCCAUCGGAAGCAGGUUCGGCGAAAACGCCGGAAGAAGCUGGCCCCGAAUAAUAACAACCUGAAUAAUAAGAAUUUUAAUCAGAGUAGUAAAUCUUCGAGUGUGAGUGAGCAGGAUAUUCUGCAGUUGGCAGGAUUAACGCUUGGAAGUACCAGCGAAGAAAGUAGCAGCAGUCAAGAAUCUCUGUCGUCGAUCAACACGGCGACUCCUUUCAGUAAAGCUCUCAAAAUCUCCCAGGAUCUUCCGAACAGUAAAAGCAGUAUUCCGAGUCUGUUGACGGCGAAAAACCGCGUCAAUCAUUUGCUUCCGAUAAAUAAUUUUAAAGGGAUUUUCUCGUCUUUGACUCGAUUCGGUAGUUUGAAUAGUUUCUCUUCUAACAUGAGCUCGAAGAACUCUUUUGCUACGUUUCUGAAGAAUAAUCGUAAUAGGGAUAACGGAAAGGUCAAUGUGAAAAAGUUGCCUUUGUCUAAAGCGAAUGUUAUUAAAAACUCCGAGGAGUGCAGCAAGCGUUUCCAGCGAAGCACUAGCCAGGAUCUGUUGAGUCGAAUCACCAACGCCGACAUCCCGAAGCCGUCUCCGGCCAAGUCGGUCUGUUCGAAGCGAAGUCGGCGGAAGAGCUGCCAUAGUGACCGUAUGGAUAAUGUAUCGGUGAAAAGUUGUGGAACAACGAUUCGUCAACGGCGGCUGAGUACGAUGAGUCGCUGUAGUAGUCGAUCGGCUGGAUCGAGACAUCCGUGGCGGAAGAAGAAGCGAAAGCGUUUACGGUCGAACUCUGUUGCAGGGAAAUCAUCCGCUGACAUUAAGCUAGGGAUGGAGAUUGAGCGAUUGAAUGAGUCGUUUGGUAGUCAGUGUCGGAUCAGUGUAGACAGCCGAGCGAGAGAUGGAUUGUUGGGUAUUGGAGCAGCUGCUCUGGCUGGAGCAGCAGCCAAAAAUCAGCAGAAAGGCCGUUCAACAAAGAAGCGAAAGGCGUCGGAACAUGUCGAAUCACCUUCAACGACUGCAGCAGGAACGAAACGGCGAAACAAGAAAAAUGUUCCUACACAAAGUCCGGAUGAUCAUAAACUUCCGUUGAAGAAACGGCACUAUCUGCUAAGCGAGCAAACGGCGAAGGGUAAUGACAGUGGAGCAGAGAAGGAUGACGCUAAAAAUCAUGCAGUAACCAAUCCCUGUUCCAUCGCCGGAGGUAGGAUGUCCACUUUGACAGUGACAUCCAGUUCCUCUGCAUCGGCCUCUGCUCCGGCGGUGAAAGAUCCCACUAAGGCAGUGACACCGAAAAAACGACACUUACUUAAAUCUCCCGAACCAGCAGUUCCGGAGGAGAUCAUUCAAAUCAAAUCGAGCGACUCUCCUUUAACGGUAGAGCCAAGGGACCACUCGGACAUUCCUCAUGGUCACCACAAGAAAAGUGAAGCGAUCACAAGAAAGAAAAACCGCUUGGAAGGUCUUGUCUCGAAAAUUCAACCAACAGCCACGGUUACGGCGAUCCUUGCCGACAACAAUAUUCUUGCCGCUACAAAUCAUCGAGCGACACCUAACACACGGCCUACUGUAAUCCAUACAUCUUCCAUCAACACCACAACCACUUCCACAGUCAGUGCGCCUCCGCCGGGAGUUUUUGAGCCUACUGUUGACUUAGAACUAUCGAUACCGGCCUCCAUUCCAUCUCUGAUCGCCAAGGUCGAACUGUUGGACAGUCCCCGUCUCAAAGACACAAUUUCUAAGCUGGAAGGAGAAGAUCAUACUCGGAAAGGCUCCGAAAAAGUUAUUGAACAAUUGUUGACGAAGACAGGAGCUCAUCUAUUGCUGAAGAAGAAACGAAAGAAGCCGAACAGAACCGGGUUUCCGACCGUUAAGAGAAAGAAGAGGAAGUUGAUCGAGAAAGAUCCAUCGGAUGACGAACACAAACCGGAGGUAGGUCCGGAGCUGUUCGAUUCUACCCAUUUGACGCGACAUGUUCCAUCGGAGACGGAGAAGGCAGACAAGGAGAAGCAACAACAGCAACAGCAACAACAACAACAACAACAACAACAACAGCAACAGCAGCAGCAGCAGAAAGAGAAAGAAUCAUCGAAAAAUUGUGAUAGAGUACCCAAGGAAGGCGAGCCGACAGAUAGUUUUAUCGAGCGGAAUACAAGACCGCGACUCUCAGUUGUCAGUUUGGAGCGACUUCAAGGGAAGAUUCCUCUAAGUGGACGUGAACCGGCUGGGCACGCGUUAAGUCCAAGCACUAGCAGUGGAAGGGGCCGAAAACCGGCUGCCGUUGCUAAGGUUGCUGUUCCCGAGCCUGUGGUAAUCAACGAACGAAGACAACUGAGAGAGAAGACUAAAGAUAAAGCCGAGCAGGAGAAGGAGGAGACAAAGCUGAAAGAUCGAAGACGACGUGGCGAACCAGAACCAUCAGUCAAACCAAGCAGAAAGGAGACACUUGAAAAGAUUAACAAACACAGGGAGAAACAGCCACAGGAGCCGGUGAAACAACCGGAGAAAACUGUUAAACAUAAAGAAGUUAUUGCAGUUAAUCCAGAGAAAAAGCAGAAGCUUAGAGAAGUCGUUGCUGAACCACCGGUUGUGGAAAAACCUGUGAGACAAAAAGAGAAACCAUCGGAAUUGCACAUCAAACAGCGGGAGAAACCGAUAGAGCCUCAGCCAGCUCCGGAAAAACAACCAAAAGAUAUAGUUAGCGAUCCGCAGCUGCCGAGAAAGAAAAUUGGAAAGCAGAAAGAGAAACCAAGCGAGCCAGAGGCUCCUACAAUCGUUAUAAAGUCUAAUGAGAAACUGAUAAAGGACAAAGAGAACAAAAAGCAAACAAUUUCGCCAGUACGGAAAACAAAAAUUCUAGCAGAGGAGAAUCCGGCAUUACCGGUGCGCCGUACACGAAGCUGCUCCAUCGCCCUCGAUCCACACGAGCUGGCCAAGAAAACCACCGGGCAGGAAAACGAAAUCGUACUGAAGAACGCUGUCAUCAAACUGCAACCCUGCCUGAUAGCGAACGAGGACUCCGAGUCGCUGGACUCGAUGCCUCUACUGAAACGUCUCCAGUCUCGUUCAAUGUCCAGACACAAACAAUCAGCCACCCCGGAAGCUGCGGUUACGUCACCCAAAGGACCAGUUCGCCCUAGAGGACGACCGAGAACCGCUUCACCAACGCCAGCCAUUGAAACACCUCCCAUUCCGGUCACUCCAACAUUAUCGGAGCAACUUAGCAAGCUGCGACGUUCGCGUAUGAGUGUUGUCGAUACGGCAAAGCGCAUUGAGCCGGAACCUGCAGCAACACCUUCAGUGAAGGAAACGCGCUCGGCAGCUGCUCGGAAAUCUUUCUCUAAGGAUCCUCCUGAGCCACAACAGCAAUUAGAAACCCCACCGGUUAAGAUUAUCAUCUCGAAGAAAGAUCAGAAAGCCGUAGCAACAGCGGUCGCGAUGGAGAAGAAACUUGAGGAAGAAAAGAGCCCCCAACCGAUGCUUACCGAAGAUCUAGCUAAAGAUCGUGCUAAAAGCCGGUGCUCCAACAGAACCGAACCCUUGCCGGAGAAAACCCGUAAAGAACAAAAGAAAAUAGAGGAACCUCCGGUUCAAAGGAUUAAACGUGGCAAAAGUGACGAACUGCCGCCGGUAGAAGUUGAGAAACCGAUCAAAAGACCUCGAAAAGGACCGGAGCUUGCAGCGCAGGAGGUUGUUGUGCCGCUGAUUCCAGUGGACGUACAGCAAUUCGAUGUCGAAGAAUCCAUCACCCAACUAUCGAAAAUUCAGCCAGCAUCAUCGACGGAAGACUUGGAACACGAUCCGCUUCCCGCUGAAGAAGGUCCACCCGAUUACUUCCGAGAGGAGGAAACUCCUUCCCCACCGGUGGAUGGCAAGAACAAAAAGGUACCCCGCAAGAAAUACAUCGCAGCUGGUCUUUUCUCCGAUUGUUACAAAGAUGAUGGCCGCUCCGGUCGUAGUGGGGUCAAAGUACAGCCCGAAAGUUUACUUCCACCACCAGCAUAUUGUGAGCGGUUUCUACGUCGGACUCAGCGUGAUUUCCAGCUGCCCUACGAUCUGUGGUGGCUACACGAAAACGGCAAACUGACCGCCCGCCAUGCCGUCGCCAGUUGGAACUACAAAAAGAUACGCACGAACGUGUAUUACGACGUCAAACCGAACCCGUCCACCGAUCAUCCGCAGUGUAACUGCAAGCCGGAUAGCGGCUGCAAGGAUGAUUGUCUCAACCGGUUGGUCUAUGUGGAAUGUGUCACGGAAAGUUGCCCUUGUGGGGAUCGCUGUCGCAAUACUAAGAUACAACGGCACGAGUAUGCACCGGGAUUGGAGCGAUUCAUGACCGAACUGAAAGGUUGGGGAAUUCGCUCCAAGGAAGGUGUUAAGAAGGGAACAUUUAUUAUGGAAUAUUUGGGUGAAGUUGUUAGCGAUAAAGAGUUUAAGGAACGAAUGAGAACAAUCUAUCUUAACGAUACUCACCACUAUUGCUUGAAUCUCACCGGAGGUUUAGUCAUCGACGGCCACCGAAUGGGGAGCGAUUGUCGAUUCGUGAAUCAUUCGUGCGCUCCCAACUGUGAGAUGCAGAAAUGGUCCGUCAAUGGACUGUUCCGGAUGGCGUUGUUUGCCUCUCGGGAUAUUCCAGCCAAUGAAGAGCUAACGUACGACUACAACUUUUCACUGUUCAAUCCCUCCGAGGGACAGCCCUGUAAGUGUGGGACCGAACAGUGUCGAGGAGUUAUUGGUGGGAAAUCUCAGCGGGUCAAACCGUUGCCAGCUGUUUUGGAAGUUAAGAAGCCAGAGGUCGCACCCUGUGCGAUUAGCAAUCCGACGGUAACGGCAACGGAGCACAGUCCACGUAGUGCGGCUCGCUCUCGGAAGCGACAGGCUAAGAAGAAUGCCCCGUUGACACAACUAAACGGUCAACCGUUGCCGAAUUUCGUCCCACCGACCGUGAAAGAACGCGCCCUAGUUGUGGAACAUCACUGCUUCCUGAUGAGGAAUCUCAACAAGAUACGGAAACUGAAGGACCGUUCGCCAGAACAUUCGACCUCUUCACAGGCCGGCAGCCCAGCACCGGGCGGACAAGCCGGUGGUAAACCUUCCCUAGCUUCGCAAAUUUCCGCUCUACGCUGUCCGCGAAAUAUGCGAACCCGAGGGCUUGCAUUCGUCGAAGAUGAUCCCGAGCUGGAGAAAAUUGCCCGUAUUGCGGUUGCACUGAAAGAGAUCUGCAUUGAAAUUGCCAGCCUAAAAGACGAACGCGGACAUCUCUAUCAGAAUCGCCUUGUGCUGCCAUCGAAGAAAAAGGUUCCACUGUACUACGAGCGGAUUCCUCGUCCUAUCGAUUUGGCCCAGAUUCAGGCCAACAUCGAACAGGGAACCUACAAGCAGCCGAAGAUCUUCGAAGACGAUCUACUGAUAAUGUUCAGCAAUGCGGUCAAGUAUUACGGAAUAAGUUCCCCCGAGGGUGUCGCAUCCGAGAAGCUGAAGGAACACUACUACAUCUGCAAGCAGCGCCAGGUGGACAAGCUGAUCGCCUACGUUGGCGAACAGAACGAACUGUUGAAGGGAUUUAUUCCGAAACAAGAGCCAGAACCGUUGCCUCCACCGAAGGGACGUGGAAAGUUCAAACAGGAACAGGCAGAAGACAUUAUCCGGUGUAUCUGUGGGUUGUUUAAAGACGAAGGCCUAAUGAUUCAGUGUUCCAAAUGUCUGGUGUGGCAACACAUCGAGUGCACGAAAGCAGAUCCAGCGGUUGAUAACUAUCUUUGUGAGAGAUGUGAACCCCGUCAGGUAAAUUAUGAGAUCCCCUUGAAUGACUUUACGGAAGAAGGCUACCAGUACUACAUGUCAUUGAUGCGGGGAAAUUUGCAAAUUCGUCAGACGGAUACGGUGUACGUCCUGAGGGACAUUCCAAUGUCACCGGAUCCCAACAAUCCGAACGCUCCACCCAAGAAGCACACGUACGAAACGAUCGGAAAGGUGGAUUACGCGGAGUGCGAUAUCUUCCGGGUCGAAAGUCUUUGGAAGGACAAGGAAGGGCGACGUUUUGUGUAUGGUCACCACUACUUGCGACCGCAUGAAACCUAUCACGAGCCCACGAGACGGUUCUACCCGAACGAGGUGAUGCGCGUACCGCUGUACGAGGUUAUUCCGAUCGAGCUCGUCAUGGAUCGCUGCUGGGUGCUGGACCCGACAACGUUCUGCAAGGGUAGACCGGUUGACAGCUCGGAACCGCACGUGUACAUCUGCGAGCUGCGGGUGGACAAGAGUGCCCGGUUGUUCUCGAAGAUAUCUCGCCAUGCGCACCCGGUGUGCAUGAAGUCCUACGCGUUCCACAAGUUCGAGCAGAAGCUGAAGAUCUCGAAAACGUUUGCGCCUCACGAUCUCGGCUCUCUGUCGCAUUUACUGGUCGCAAAAGACAACCGCAAGAAGAACACCAAGAAGGAUGACACUAACUCUUCCAUUUCCGGCACAUCGAGCGUCAGUUCGAAAAAGAUGACACCGAUCAUGCAGCUGCUGCCACCGCCUCCUAAGACUGACAGCAACAGUCGUCCCGAAGGAGCGCUCGUACUACCUUCAAACGAGACCCUAGCGGAGAAACGCAACCGACUGGAGGCCGUUCUGGGCCGGCUGAUGGUCAAGCUGAACGCGAACCCAGCCGCACUACCGGUGGUGGACAUCAGCUAUCUGCUGACGGGCCGGGGAGCACGCCUACGGAGAACCAUCGCCAAUACGACACCGGUUCCGAACAUUUGAGAGUGGGUCAAAAAGCGACGGAAGCGCCGCAAAUGGAAACGUUACUAUGACUAACCGUCCAGCCGCGCGAGCCGCUCGCAAGCGAGGAAUUUAUUGUAAAUAUUGCCACCCUGAACCUGAACCACCCCGGAAGAAGGGUUGAAGGCACAUGCGUGCCUUUCACCCCUUUCCGCAGGGUGGGUCAGACGCUUUGAGACUAUUUUUAAGGUUACGUUUAUUCGCUGAAUUUAAGUUAUUUCGAUUAUUUAUGACACAGCUGCUGAGUUUUGUUUAGCAUUAAUAAACAUUGUUUUUGUUUAUCCAUUUAUUGUUUUCAUUAUUAUCAUUACAUUAUGAAAGUAAACUAGCAGGUUCUGCGUUGUUUUUUUUCUGUUUAUUAAAAUCGUUUAGUUGCAUACAGCCUAAAUGUAGUUGAUUUCGGCCACAGAAGGCUUAAAUCACAAACAAACAAGAAAACUAUGACAAUUUCACGCAUACUCAUUCUUACCGUUAAACAAAGUAUUAACAACCCGAGGGAAACAUGUAAUUAGUAAUUAUUCGAAAGUUAUGGCUUCUAGUUGAUUAACUUAUUCCUAGUUGUAGUACUGAAAAGUUUCUAAAUAUUUCGAAACAAACGGAAAACCGGAGAGAAAACAGGAAAAUUCUAACAAUUUAUGGCAAAUUCAAACAAAUCAUUACACUAUCAGAAUGGACUGAAUAAGAGAAUAGUAGUUUUAGGUAUAGAACAGAAGAUAAAACAAAACGGAUGAAUUAAUAUAUUUGAGCUUGGUUGGAGUCGGUUUUAGGAAACAAAACUAGAAACUAGUAGAAAAGGGCAGAUUUUUUAACGCACCGCGAUGAUAUAUAGAAUUUUUGAAUUGAACAAGCAAGUACUAUUAUCGAAUAAUGAUAACAACAACCAACACAGAUGCACACGCACGCAGUCGAUUUUGCACCCACACUCGUUGAAGGCAACAAUAAAAAAAGCAAACAAACAUUUAACAAGGUGACGUUCUUAGUGCUGUACAUAGGAUGAAAUAUGAAAUUCUGAAUUUUAA